GGCUAGAGAUUCUAGUACUCAUAUGUCAAUGCAGAUUGGCCACCAGACUUGUUUAUCAUUUUUAAUUCUACAUUCAUGUCCCAGACUUUGCAGGCUGUGCAGUAUGUGGUGGGAUGGAUGAGGAGGAGCAGAACCGCUAUGUGGCCCAGUUGAAAGCUGAAUUUGACAGCUGUGACACCACCGGGACAGGUUAUCUCGACAAAGAGGAACUUACUGCCUUAUGCCACAAGCUGAGCUUAGAUGCCCAUCUCCCUUUGCUGCUGGACACUCUGCUUGGACCACAACAUUAUGCCAGGGUGAAUUUUGAAGAGUUCAAAGAGGGCUUUGUGGCUGUGCUGUCAAGAUCUUUGGACUUUAGUACUUCAGAGGAGGAGAGCAGCUAUCUUGAACCAGCAGUCCCAGAGGAGGUGAAACCUAAAUAUGUGAAAGGAACCAAACGGUACGGGCGGCGAUCACAGCCAGACAAGACCGACUUAGAGCUGACAGCAGUCUCAGAAGAUUCACCACCGUUUGGGACUGACAAAGUAGAAACAAACGGUGUGAGGAGAGCCAAGCUCAGACGCUCCACCUCACUGGAGAGUGUUGAGAGUCUAAAGUCAGAUGAGGACACAGGAAACAACAAGGAGUCCACACACCACUAUUUUGUGGCACAAGGCCAGUUGAAGCUCUGGAAUCAAGAUGGCACAGGAAGUCCUCUGCGCUCAUCUGAUCCUCAGCAGGAAGUGACAGACGGGCAGGUGAGGGCAGUAUGGCAGGAGCUGGGGGUCGGAGCUGGAGGAUCACUAAACCGCGAGGAGCUGUCACUCGUCUGUGACCGCAUCGGUCUCAAGGACUUACAGUCCGAGGAGUUAGACAGUCUCUUCAGAAAACUAGACAAGGAUCGGGAUGGGAGAGUCAGUCUGAGUGAGUUCCAGAGUGGGCUGUUCACACAACACGAUCACGCUGCUCCCAUCUCUACCUCCACCCCUGCCCGGCCCAAACCACAGCGCUCCAUCUCAAAGGCCCUUGAGGAACGUGUGGUGCGUUCCACUUCCCCUUCUUUACUGUCGGCUACAGUGGGUCAGAGGCUGCUGACCCGGCUGGAUGAUGGCUCGGGAUGCACAAGUCCAGACAAAGUCAUCGCCCUCUGGACGGAGGAGGGCAUCCACAAUAGCAGGGGUAUUCUACAGGUAACAGAUUACUAG